UCUGCAAUGUGUUUUGGACCUAGUCAUUUCCCUACCAAACUGUGUACAGCUGCUGAGGAUUAUAUCAUAAUGUGGGACUUACAGCAGGCAAAAAUUAUGAAAGACACUGGUCAACAAAUCAGAGGCCAAAUCAUUGGCACAACGCUGGGAUUUAUCAGUUACUGCUGCUUCAGUCCAGAUGAAAGCCAGGUGGCUGUGUGCAGAGAUCUUGAUGUGUUAAUACUCUCCUCUCUGGAGGAAAAGUUGUGUAUCACAUUAGAGGGUCAUGAUGCCAGAGUUACAUGUGCAGAGUUCUGUCCACACUAUUCUUCUACUCUAGUUACUGCUGCCGAGGACAGGACUUUCAAGGUUUGGAACAUCAAGCAGGGGUCAUUGAUAUACCAGUCCACCAUCAUUUCAUCUUCACCAUUUCUCUGCCUGGCCAUGAAUCCAAGUGCAGAGCAGUUUGCCAUUGGAACGGCUGAUGGACAGGUGAGGGUCUAUGACCUUAGUGAUGGCAAUGGAUUCCGCUGUCUACAUCAACUAGAUGUUGAGAAAAUUAUUCAGAAACAGAAGACAUUGAGACACAAAGUAACAGAGGAGGAAGGGCCAUUGACCAUAAGCAGUCAGCCAUCUUGGAAACAGUCACAAAGACCUGGUGGACAGCAGGAACAAUCUGCUGAUGAUGAUGCUGAGGAGUCAGAAGUUGGGAGUGCAAUUCUUGGUCUUCAUUAUUCCUAUCAACAAGUUGCUCAAUCACAAGGAAAUGAAGCAAAACUUCAUUUUAUGAAACAUGAUGAAACACUAGUCAGGGACCUCUUAACUGCAGCCCCUUUGCUCACCAUAGGAACUACCGGGGCAGUGGUACAAGUCAAUGCUAAGACGUUAGAACAAGAUUUAUAUUUUGAUUUGCAAAGCCCUCUUAACUGUGAACCCAACAUGGAAUCCAGUAUUUCUGUAGCAGGAUCAUGUGCCUUUUCCUCCACAACAGAUUUAACCAAGACCUGGUGUGUGGUGGGCAGUCUGUUUGAAAAUAUAGCCCAGGUGUUACUAGUCAGUCAUUCACAGCCGGUUGACCAGCAGCAAUCACUUGACCAGUUGAUCGGUGGUAUUGCUGGACUGUCCACUCAGGGUCCAGACGUAACUAAGGAAGAAGACAAUGCUCAAGGAGAUAUUACUGUGCUGUCUGAUGCACCGCUGGUUGCAAACUCAUUGCUGAGAGCAGAAUUGGUGCCAAAAUCCAAAGAAAGUAAAGGAAGUCCAGGUGUAAAAAAAGGAGUUUUGCUGUCCAGUAAGAAGAGUUCUGUGUUGGACAAUCAGCCAUUAACAUUUAAGAACAAGGUCAAAUCAUCUGGAUACACAGAGGCACCUAGGAGGACCAUGUUUCAACCUAAAACUGGCAGUUCAAAGGCCACCUCAUCACCAAAGGCAGGGAAAUCCUCAGGUUUAAAGAAGCUUGAGAAGGAAUAUCCUGUCACCAGUGCCCCUCCAACCCACCUGCAUGUUAAACUGGAUGUGGAAGAAAAACCUGUGCCCAUUCAGUGUGUUAAAUUUUCAGGAGAUGGUCAACAUGUUGCCUGUGCCUUGGCUAACAAGUCUGCUCACCUGUUCAAGAUGCCUUUAUCUGGCAGUGGAACAGCAUUCACAGGUCAUAAUGGGGUUGUCAACUCUGUCCGGUGGAAUCAUGACAACAAGUACCUGAUUUCAGCAUCAGAUGACAAGACGGUGUCUGUAUGGGUCAAAGGUCAGGCGGAACCUAUUCUGACCUUUUCCACACUUACAGACAAUUUUGGGGUGGACAAGGAAGGGGGGCUCAAACCAUCAAAAGACAAUCCUUUAUUUCCAAAAGAGAUUUCACUUGCUCAGUUUUAUUACAUGGACAAGUUUGUCUUAUUGACUGCAGGCAGUACCUUUUACCUGUACAAAUACUUCCUUGAUUCAAGUAAACAAGACAUUAAGAGGUAUAUAAGUAACAGUCGGUACAAACUAGUGAAGAGUUUUCAGCUUGACCAGGCACAGAAGAUAACAGCUAUGUCUGCUGUCAAUGGAUUUUACUCAUAUAUUGUUUUAUGUGCUGGAUCUAACAAGUCCAUAGAGGUUUUUGACAUGAAUGCUGGUCAGAGUGUUAGAGUUGUGGAAGAAGCACAUACCAGGCCCAUACAUGUCCUGUGUCAGAAUGAGGGCUCCAGCUAUGUCACCCAUCCCCCUGAGAGCUACAACUUAUUUGUAACAGCCGCUGCCUCAGAUUGCAUAAAACUCUGGGACCUCAGGACAAACAGAUGCAUAAGAAAAUAUGAAGGUCAUAUAAACAGGUCUCAUUCCUGUGGUUUGGCCAUCAGUCCAUGUUCUAGGUUUAUUGCUUCUGGAGCAGAGGACAGAGCAGCUUAUAUAUUUGACAUCCGUUCAGGGACUUACCUCCACAAGUUGACAGGGCACACAGAUACUGUCACUGAUGUAGAGUUUCAUCCAUUGUACCCAGAGCUGCUCACAUCAACAUUAGAUGGUAAGCUUAGACUUUUCAAGACCAGUUGAUGUUUCCUCCUCUGUUAGUAUGUGGAUAUGGCACAAAUAACCUUAGAAAUCUGGACAUGGCUGGCAUUGCAUUCUGGAGAGCAACCAGACAGGUGUAUAAUGAUAGGAGCUCCAGCACAAGAUGUGGGCUCCUGUUGUGCAGUGUGAGACCAAUUUCUAAAACCUACAGCUUAAGAGUCUUAGAAUGCAUUUAGAUUCGCA